AUGGAAUCUUGUCAUGUGACUAGCUGGGUCUCGCUUGCCACCAGCCCACACAAAAUAUUUUGGUGCGUAAUUUGAACUUGUCUUGACAACUCCUCGCAACUUCACUAACCAGCAGACAACACACCGCCGGACAAGAUGAAGUUCCUCAAGGUCGGCCGAGUCGCCAUCAUCACCCGCGGCAGAUACGCCGGAAAGAAGGUUGUCAUCAUCCAGCCCGUUGACAACGGCAACAAGCCUCACCCUUUCGGCCACGCCCUGGUUGCCGGCAUUGAGCGAUACCCCUCCAAGAUCACCCGCCGCAUGUCCAAGACCCGUCAGGAGAAGCGAAACAAGAUCAAGCCUUUCAUCAAGGUCAUCAACUACAACCACUUGAUGCCCACUCGCUACACCCUGGAGCUCGAGGGCCUCAAGGGCGCCGUCUCCAACGACACCUUCAAGGAGGUUUCCCAGCGCGAGGAUGCCAAGAAGACUGUCAAGAAGGUGCUCGAGGAGCGAUACACCAGCGGCAAGAACCGAUGGUUCUUCACCCCUCUCAAGUUUUAAAAGAAAAGGAAUCGUUUCUCCAUCACGGUUAGGGAGUUGGCGGGAUGUACAGAGCAUCGAUGGCAUUAAGGAACGCCGGUUUUUAUGGGCUCAAUAUGAAGUUUCUUAAAUCACAACCAGAUCUCUACUUGCCGCGUGAUUGUAGCGUCAAUAUACAACGCGGAUCGGCCGGACGUGUUGUCCUGACCGAAGGAUACCACUGGCGGCGUUCAAUGAAUUGAUGCCAUCAAUGAGGUGUUGAGUAGACCUUGAGGACUUUUUCUUGACGGUUGAAUGCCUACGAGGUUUACCAAAUCCAUAACAUGAAUUGAAAUUUACCGUCAAAACGUUCAUUACUACGUUCACACAUAUACAGAACCCGGUGAAACGAAAGGGAAAAUAGAUCAAUGAACUUUUGUUAUGGUGGGUUUUGUUUAACCGUUUCGUUUCUACAUGUCUAUGGCCAAACGCCGUCUAGAGUUACACAUCAAUUAGACCUUUCGUGAUGCGGUUCAUGCAUGAAACCGCUACCUCGCGCUCUGCGCCCAGCUCUAUGGCUUUACACUUCAUAAGACCCUCCCUUCCCCAAUCAAACAGAAUAUAUCAAAAGAUCUCCAAUCCACAGA